GAGCUGUUGGGAAUGGGGGAACGGUUGGACUGGAUGAUCUUUUAGGUCUUUUCCAACCUUGGUGAUUCUAUGAUGGUCUCUCUGAUGACUCCUUGUGACAGAAACUGGUUGAUUGAGGAAGUAGAGCACGCCUGCGCUCUGCAGAGCGUCAGCAGAAGUUAAAACGGGCAGCUUUUGGUUUUCAGUUUUAGUGAUAGUAGCUGGCGAUCGCUAUGGCUUCAUGAAAAUGUUUCUGUAGGUGGAAAAGUCAGACCUGCAGCUGGGGGGUGCUGCUGGGGGGGUUGUUUGCGAUGUUCGGUGUGGAUUUUGGACACCAACAUGGAAUGAAGGCGGCAGUGGUGCUCACGGGGCAGCUUCUUGUUUUCUUCGUGAAAGCAGCAUGGGCGCAGCAGGACCAGACACACGUGAAAGAGCUUAGCGGGGGGGUGGCCUACCUCAUCCCCAGAACCCAGGGCUCCUUCCAGAAAGUUGAGUGGCGCUUUGGCAAGGACCUGAAAAUUGCCAUCCAUGAGAGUGGGGAAAAGGUCCGCUACCCCAAUGGCCCUUACAAGGGUCGCCUGAAACUCUUCUCCAACAACACCCUGAGGAUGGACCACCUGAGGAAAGCCGACAGCAACACCUACUGGGUGUAUAUGGAGGAUAGUGCGGGCACAGAGCACACUGAAAGCAUCCAACUGCAGGUGUAUGACGCGGUCCCCAAACCCACCAUAAAUUUCGUGGUGGAUGAGAGCAACCCGGAGAGCUGCAGAGUCACCGUGAAUUGCUCAGUGGGGUUGAUGGAUGUCACUUACGAGUGGUUGCCUCCCAAGAGGAUCGCAUCAAAUAACGGCAGUGAGCUGUUCCUCACCUUCAGCCCCUUGAUGGAAGUCUACACCUGUGUAGCCAAGAAUCCCAUCUCCUCCAACAGCUCUAGGCUGAUCCACAGGCAUCCCUGCUCCUGGGAAGCUGAGUCCUCUGCUGCCACUACCUCCACCAAGACCAGUGUGCUGGUGUCCCUGGGAUGUCUCCUCCUUCUCCUGCUCACUCCGCCAUCAUGAUGCAUCGCAGUUGAUGCCUAUCCUCCUUCCACUGUCACAUUCCUGCUUUGGGACCAGUGUGGAUGCAGCACUCUGACCAUUGAGAGACUGCAGUUCUCCAGGAAUCCAUCACAACCAGCACCCAGGACACGCAGUCCAGUGACCCACGUGCUGUGCCAACAUCUCAACCUUUGCUAUGCAACCGUGAAUGGUUUUUCAUGGGUACUCCAUAUCAUGAUAACUGUUAGAGCUGGGAGGGGUUCCAGAGAGCUGCAGCCUUCCUCCCUUAAAUAUCUGCCAAAACUGUCAGUGCACCAUAGGUGUUCAGCAGUGAUAUCCUAAUCGUUGUGCCCCACAUUGGGUGCCAUUGGGCCACACUGGAAUCUCUUGUUCCACGAUGGGGUGGGGUGUUUGAUUGAGAUAAAGAGAAACUAAUGUAUGAGAACUGGCAAAGGAAUGUGAGAUGAUACAGUAUAAAAGGAAUCAAGGGUAAUAAACAAAUGGGAGAGGGACACGGGCUUCUGACCAUGCUGUGGGAUGGUGGCACAGUCAGAAGUUUAUGUCACAUCCCCCCUCCUGGAAACUACAUGGGAAUGACCAGAGCUGACAGGAUUUGUAGCUUUCAGCUCUCAGGAACCAGGAAACACAGCCCUCCCAGCUCUGACAGUUCACUGCAGGAUGUUAUGAUAUGGAAUAUCAAUGAAAAACCAUGACAGCCACAGGGACUGUCUUUCACAACGAUGCUUUGAGAACACCAGCAAAACAAAUCAAUAAAUUGAUGGUUAACUGCUCAAAA